AUGGAUCCAUCCAAGAUGAAAGCUGCAUUUAUGGAGCUGAUGGAGACAGACUUCACCCCAACAGUCCACACAAGCGUUUACCCAGCCAUCUCGCCCACACGGCCUGAACUGAGUCAGUCUGGGCGAGUUGUACUGAUCACCGGAGGCGGCAGUGGUGUCGGAAAGGCGAUCGCUGAGAAUUUCGUGCUUGCUUCUGCCUCUCAUGUCGCUAUAGUUGGAAGGCGCUUGGAGGUCCUGCAAGCCACCGCUGCAGAGCUCAAAAACAGCGCAGCGGCAGCAGGUAGCUCGUGUGAGAUGCUGACGUACCAGGGCGACAUAACGAGCAAGUCCGACGUCAAUUCAAUAUUCGAUGAUCUCGCAUCAAAAAGGCUAGCUGUCGAUGUACUGGUCAUGAAUGCCGCCAAAAUUGGGGAUUUCACCCCCUUGAUGGAGCUUGGUAUGGACGAGCUCUGGACGUUUAUUGAAACGAACGUCAAAGCCCCAAUGAUCCUGGCUGAACGGUUUCUCAAACAGAAUCCGAAAAAGAAGAAGGCAUCUGAUCUUCCGGGUGCAUUUGCGGUCUGGGCCGCAUCGGAAGAGGCUGCUUUUGUGCAUAACCGGAUCGUAUGGGCAGCCUGGGAUGUGGAAGAGUGGGCUCGCGGCGAUGUGAGGAAGCUAAUCGAGGAAGAUGAUAACUACCUCAGAAUAGGCGUGGGCGGGUUUGCGUUGGGCAAGCGUGCGAAGGGGCAUUGA